CUCCCCCUCUCCCCCGUCCUCCUCCUCCUGCUCCUCUUUCCCUUCCUCACCGGCCUCCUCUUCCUCCUCUUCCUCCUCUCCCUCCUGCUCCCCUUCCUGCUCCCUCUGCUCCAGCCCUCCGAUUAGUCAGUGCUCCGCGGGGCCCCGGAGCGGCACAUGGAGGCGUGAGCGCCCGGCCGCGGACUGAGGAGCUCCUGGAGGCGGAGGAGGCGGAGGGAGGGCCACGGAGAGCGAGGAGCCCCUGAGCUGGGACGGGACGCCGCCCCUGCCAAGUCCGUGGACGUGAUGGAGAGAGACCGGAUCUCAGCCUUGAAGAGAUCCUUCGAGGUCGAGGAGGCCGACACGCCCAACUCCACGCCGCCCCGCCGGGUGCAGACGCCGCUGCUCCGGGCCACGGUGGCCAGCUCCACCCAGAAGUUCCAGGAGCCGCCCGCCCGCCACGCCGACGCCCUGAGCCAGCGCUCCCCCAAGCCGCCCCUGCGGAGGGUCGAGCUGGCGGGGCCCAAGUCGGAGCCCGUGUCCCGGCGCACGGAGCUCUCCAUCGACAUCUCGUCCAAGCAGGUGGAGGGCGCCGGCGCGGCCGGGCCCUCGCGGUUCGGCCUGAAGCGGGCCGAGGCGCUGGGCCACAAGACGCCGGAGCCCGCGCCCCGGAGGACGGAGAUCACCAUCGUGAAGCCCCCGGAGCCGGCCCACCGGAGGGCGGAGGCGCCCGCCGCCCCCACGGCCGAGCCCGCCCCCAGGAGGGUGGAGAUCCAGGUGCCCAAGGCGGCCGAGGCGCCCGCCGCCCCCGCCCCGUCCCUGGAGAAUGCGGAGCCCACGCCGCUGGCGCUGGCGCAGCUGCAGAGCAGGCUGGAGCCCAGGCCCCUGCUGCCCUCGGCCGAGGCCCCGCCCAGGAGCCUGGACGCCCCCGAGGCAGCUCCUGGCGGCGCUGGCGACAUGGCUGACACCCCCCGAGACGCCGGGCUGAAGCCGGCGCCGGGGCCGCGGAGUGAGAAGGCGCCCGCGGACUUCGGCUACGUGGGCAUCGACUCCAUCCUGGAGCAGAUGCGCCGCAAGGCCAUGAAGCAGGGCUUCGAGUUCAACAUCAUGGUGGUCGGGCAGAGCGGCUUGGGGAAGUCCACCCUGAUCAACACGCUCUUCAAGUCCAAGAUCAGCCGGAAGUCCGUGCAGCCGCCCUGCACAGAGGAGCGCAUCCCCAAGACCAUCGAGAUCAAGUCCAUCACGCACGACAUCGAGGAGAAGGGCGUCCGAAUGAAGCUCACGGUCAUCGACACGCCGGGCUUCGGGGACCACAUCAACAACGAGAACUGCUGGCAGCCCAUCAUGAAGUUCAUCAAUGACCAGUACGAGAAGUACCUGCAGGAGGAGGUGAACAUCAACCGCAAGAAGCGCAUCCCGGACACGCGUGUGCACUGCUGCCUGUACUUCAUCCCCGCCACCGGCCACUCCCUCAGGCCCCUGGACAUCGAGUUCAUGAAGCGCCUGAGCAAAGUGGUCAACAUCGUGCCCGUCAUCGCCAAGGCCGACACGCUGACCCUGGAGGAAAGGGUCUACUUCAAGCAGCGGAUCACCGCCGACCUGCUGUCCAACGGCAUCGACGUGUACCCCCAGAAGGAGUUCGACGAGGACGCUGAGGACCGGCUGGUGAACGAGAAGUUCCGGGAGAUGAUCCCGUUCGCCGUGGUGGGCAGCGACCACGAGUACCAGGUCAACGGGAAGCGGAUCCUCGGCCGGAAAACUAAGUGGGGCACCAUCGAAGUGGAGAACAUCAUGCACUGUGAGUUCGCCUACCUGCGGGACCUCCUCAUCAGGACGCACAUGCAGAACAUCAAGGACAUCACCAGCAGCAUCCACUUCGAGGCGUACCGCGUGAAGCGCCUGCACGAGAGCCACGUGGCCAACGGCGUGGAGGACGGGGGCCCCGGCGCCCAGGAGAUGUAGACGCGCCUACCCCCCCCCCCCCAGCCCGUCUCCAGCCCCAGCCCCCCUUCAUUUAUCUCCCUCCCUCACCGGCAUCGCUCUCCGCCGCCCACGAUGCCGGACAGACCGCCCUGCCCCGACGACCCCAUUCCCGGCCCAGCCCUGGGGGCGGGGGGGAGGGGGGGCCGGCGCUCGGCCGUCCCCGAGGUCCAGGAGGCCCGACCCAGGCCUCCUGCUCUUGCUCUUGGUCCCCCCACCCCCAGGCCCCCGCCGUCUCAGCCCCUGGACCAUGCCGGGGGCGGGCCCAGGAGGGACGGAGCCCCCGGGGGACCCGGACCCCCUUCCUGCCUCCGCCCUCUCCCAGGGCGUGGGCAUCACUCAGACCACAUCACUCAGCCCCCCAACCCGUCCCCGCCCCCCGCGGGGAGACCAUUAACUCCAUGAGAUGCCAGUUGCCAAUUGCUUAGACGUGGCGAGCCCGCCGGCUGCCGCCCGUCCUCCCACCCGCCCGCCUGCGGCCCGCCCUGGAGCAGGAAGUGCCUUUAUUCCCGCCCCCUCGAACCCGCAGCCCGCGUCCCUCCGACGGGAACGGAGCUGGGCCGGAGGGGAGGGGUGUCUUCGUCGCCCUGUGGCGCCCCGCCGUCCCCCUCCGGCUGGGCUCUGGUUGAGGGUUCAAAGGAAGAAAAGAUCCCCCCCCCCCAUCCCCGUUUUAGGAAGGUCAGAGAGUGAGUCCAGUGGAAGUGGAGUGAGGAAGUGGCCGGUGCCCAGGGAGGGGCCUCUGGGCCGGGGCUGGCCGUUCAGGGGCCCCAUGGCCUUGGUCCCCGCCCCCCGGCCUGUGACGGGGCAGGGGCGCUGAGGCCUGUCUCUCUGGACAGCUGUGUGCCCGGAUGCUCUGGUUCAUGAAUGCCAGGCCACCCAAUGCCCGCUCAGCGCCCUGGCCACGCUCUUGCCGGCUGGCAGGUGGGAGGCCUUGACUUCCUGUUGCCCUGCGUGUGCCGGGGCCUGCCCCCCCCCCCCGCCCCAGGGGAACGGCCGGAUGUCCCAUCAGCCCGGGCAGUGACCCCCGCCCCCUCAGCCUCCCUAUGGGGACCAGCGGGGCCGCCUGCAGACCCGGGGUGCAGCGGGGAAGUGGGGUGCAGACAGACCCCGGCUGCCCGCGGGCCCCGGGGUGCGCGCCUCCGCGUCUGCUCCCCGCCCACCGGAGGAGGGCCCCUCGGUGAAACCGUUUACUUGCCGACUUGCCAUGUUUUUGCCAAAAACCACGAUGUUGAAGGCCGUGUCCGGUGUCAGGGCGGGACGUGGGGCGCCGCCCCGGGGCCCCGCCCGCCGGCCGGCCUCCAGCCCGGGGCCCGCAGCCCCGGCCGCCUCCGCUCCCCCUCCCGCCCAGCCAGCCCUCCCGCCCUCCCGCCCGGACGCUCCACAGUGGCCUUCGCUAGGUGCCUCCUGAGAAUCCGUCUUUUUGUAAAAAUGACAAAGUGCUGGGAAUGUAUUUCCUGAAAUAAAUGUUCCAAAUGCAAA